AUGUACGCCGCUCAGAAUAUAACGCCAACAGUUUUGGAUGCCAUGAACGGAAAUGUUUCCGAAUGGUAUAACGAAUGCGACAAUGCCAUUAGAAGGUCAGAAAUAGUUCCUGGAACUUACGAAUAUACAACUGCUGUUUCUUAUGGAAACGUAGGUGAGUUUGGAGAAGGUUCUUCAACAACAGUAGAUAUUGCUUGCGACAGGUUUCAUAUUAUUUCUAUUGACAACUCAUUCUUAUACGUGGAACAAGACAUUGAAAUAAAACCUUCUGCCAAGUUGUCUGACAAGAAAGGUUGCAAUGGAAUUUUCUAUGUCGGAUACCAAUAUGCUCCAGAAGUUUUCAUGGGAUAUAAGAUAUAUUCUAACUCUGACUUAGUUCAAACAGUAACAUGGGCAAACUAUGAAUGGUUCGCUUUGAGAAACUCAGUACAACCACAAGCUAGAGAACAAACAGACCAGUAUGCAAAUAUUGAGAAAAUAAGAAGACUUGACCCUAACGUUCCAGGAGUUUAUGUUAACCUUUCUGGUUCAGAUGGAAAUGCUGCCACUAAAGUAAAACUGAAACUUAGAGUUCCUUUGUCAUCUUUCCUCAUCUUCAGGUUUUUAAGAUACUUGCCAAACUGGGCAGGAAAAAUUUCUAUUGAACUUACUCCAAGCAAAAAUAACUUAGUCAUUGCACCAACACAAGACCCAUUCAGCAUUACUGUAGCUGGAACUGGUGGAGCCAAGUUCUGUGACUUUUGCAAAGACAAAGUUGACUUAGACUUUGGUUUCUCAAACUUCAACAAUGAAGUAAACUAUUAUUUCAAUGCUGCUGGAACUGCUUGGGACCCAGUUAAGUUUACAUGCGAAAAAUUUGAAUGCAAGAGAAUAGAAAGCAGACUUGCAGUCUAUAUGUUGGA